AUGGCCAGGCUAACCGGGAAUCGCGGUGCUUCCAUAUCGGCGGUACUGAAAGGGAAUGGUUGCAGAGUGAGGAACAAGGGAAUUUGGCGACGAGAAACAAAUCAAUUUGAAGAUAUCGUGACUAAAGGAGGUGUUGCAAGAGGAGAUAACACAUGGAAGCAUUCUUCUCAUGAUUGUGAAGAUCUAAUCUAUUCAUCAUUACCUGCUUUCACUGAUAUCGUAACUAAAGGAGGAGUUGCAAGAGGAGAUUACACAUGGAAGUGUUCUUCUCAUGUUUGUGAAGAUCUAAUCUAUGCAUCAUUACCUACUUCCACUGGAAAAAUGCAGGAAAUCUGGGGACCGUCUAAAGCCGCAAUGAGAAGAACAGUGUUUUGAACUCCGAUUCGUAGUCACUAGUAGAAUCGAUAACUGGUCAGUACGAAAUUGUUUAUUUUAUGAGAUUGUAGUUGUAAUUGGUGGUUGAUGAAAUGUUGUGAACAUACUUGAAGGGU